AUGUCUGAAGGGUGAAAAAAGGCCAAAUCCAAGUUCUCAGCAACACGCAGACUUCUGCUGAAGAGCAAACUGCUGAAAAAGGCAGAAAGCUUGCUGGUGAAAGAAAAAGAGCAGAAAGAAGUGGAGAGAGAAAACACCCUGAGGGAGAGAGCGCCGCCCCUCAAUCUCUCUGGCCUGUCGGUCCAAGAACUGCAGGAGCUUUGUAGAGAUUUGCACCAAAAGAUUGACAUUGUGGAUGAAGCGCGGUAUGACCUCAAUAUAAAAGUCGCCAGAAAUGAAGCAGAGAUUCUCUCAUUAACCCAGAAGAUCUAUGAACUAAAGGGAAAAAUGAAGCGGCCGAACUUGAGAAGGGUGAAGAAGUCGGCAGAUGCCAUGCUGGGAUCGCUCACAGACACCAGAACUAUGAAAGCUGAUUUCAAAGCCAACCUCAAAACAGUUAAAAAAGAAGAAGAAAAGAAGGAAGAGGUCACAGACUGGAGGAAAAACGUGGAGGCGAUGUCAGGCAUGGAGGGCAGGAAGAAGCUUUUCGAUGCUGGACAGUAGACAACAGUCUAAAAGAGGUUGCAAAUGAUAAAGGGGCAUCGGCAUACAAAGCUCAUGUUGUUUGUUUGAAUUUUUAAUCACAUUCAACAUUUUAUGGUAAAUUAUUCAUUUAUUCUGUCAACCAGCUAUGGCUUCCAUGCAACAUUAAAGGAAUAGUUCACCCAAAAUAUUUUGAAAAUGUACUAACCCUCAGGCCAUCCAAGAUGUAGUUUGUUUCUUUAACAGAACAGAUUUGGAGAAAUGUAGCAUUCCAUCACUUGCUCACCAAUGGAUCCUCUGCAGUGAAUGGGUGCCGUCAGAAUGAGACUCCAAACAGCACCACUCCAGUCCAUCAAUUAAUGUCUUGUGAAGAGAACGUUGUGUGUUUAUAAGAAACAAAUCCAUCAAGGCAUUUAACUUUAAUCCAUCACUUAUGGCCAAAAUAUGUCUGCAUAAUCCACAAUAAUGCUUCCUUCAGUGAAAAAAAUCCAUCUUCUGUUCUCCUCUCGCAUCAAAAUUCACUAACAUGUUUGUUUCGAACUGAUUUUCUCUGGUUGAGCUUGUAAACAGUGCUUGAUCUGUGCAUAUUUCUCUACUGAUUCAGAU